AGCAUAUUGUCGGUACAUGUUGCUCACAGCAGAGACUUUAUAUUUGUCUUUUUGAUCAACAUCCUCAUCUGAACAAUGCAGACACGGGAGAACAGGAGAGGAUAUGAAGAACAUUUUGUCAGCGGUCGACACAUAAACCUGAAUGAUUUGAAGCAGGAAGCUCAACAUUUGGAAAACCAGUACCUCUACAAAGAAAACAUCCCAAACUCACCAAAGCCGGAGUUCCAUGUGACUCGUCUGAAACACGACACAGAUCAAGACGGGUUGAGUGGCAUCAGGACGGACGAAGGCUUCAGGGUUCCAUACGAAGCCUCAGAUGAUCCACAUGCAGGCGUCCUGUUGUGGUGGAGUCUGGCUGUGGGCCAUGAGGAGGUGAAGUCUGCUGAGAAGAGGCUCCUGCAGCAGAAAUUCUCCAACCUCACAGACGAUGAGGUCGCCAUGCAUCCCAGCUUCCUCUAUAAGUUUACCAGCUCUCCAGCCUUCUCAGAGAAGUCCAGACUGGGGUCAUACCGCUUCACCUUCAACCUGGAGGACGUACUGGAGGCCUACAGCCAGCAGUUUUGCUCUGGAGAUCAGCCGGUCAUGAGGGUCUACGAAACUGUCCUGUACAAACAGGAAGUGCAGCAUACUGUGUUGGUCCACAGUCCAGUCCUCAGUCCAGCCAAUCAGAAGCUCUUCUCUGAGUAUCCUCUGCUGACUGACGACCCGAACGCCGUCUGUGUUUACAGAGAUGGCCGCUUCAUCUGGAGGCCGUAUGCCAUGAGUGAGACUCACAGGUAUGAGCUGAUGGAGAUGCGUGAAAGAAACCGAAUGGACGCCACCAUGCGUUAUUGGAAACAGUUUUAUAUUUGGGAUAACGUCGCCAUCGCCCUGCAUGUGGACAAAGAGGUGCUGGAGUUCGAUGCUGAUCAGCUGAGAGGGAACCUAAAGUUCUGCCACCAUAGUGAACCAGCUAUUGGGACUUUUGAUAGUUUUGAGGAGGCUACAAACCAAGUUACAGAACUGUGGCCGGACUAUGACUCCCCACUGGAGGAGGAGUGUUCACUGGAGCAGCAUUUCACAGACCUCAGACUGGUUCUUGUUGGGAGGACUGGAUCAGGGAAGAGCUCCAGUGGAAACAUCAUACUGGGAAGAGACGCCUUCAGUACUGGUGGUGCUGCUGCAGGGAACGCUCAGUGCUGCCCACAGACAAAGAAGGUGUUCGACUGGAAAGUGACCAUCAUCGACACUCCUGGACUCUCGGAAACACGUGAAGUGAAGACGGAGAUCAAGAGAUGCGUCGACAUGUUGGAGGGGCCCCACGCCUUCCUGCUGGUCAUCAAGAUGGGGCCCCAAAUCAGUGAUGAACAAGAUGCUGUGAAGCAGAUGGAGGAGAUCUUUGGAGAGAAUAUCUGGAGGUACACCUAUGUAGUCCUCACCUACGACAAUCAGUUGGAGAUGGAGGUCCAGAUUCGGGAAGAAAACAAAACUGAGCUGAAGAAGAUCCUCCCCGGUGGAGUGGAAGACAGAUGCUACGUCCUCAAAGACAAGCAGCAGGUCUGGGAUCUGCUGGACGAGGUGGCCAAGACUGUCAUUCAGGACCUCAGACUGGUUCUUGUUGGGAGGACUGGAUCAGGGAAGAGCACCAGUGGAAACAUCAUACUGGCAAGAGACGCCUUCAGUACUGGUGGUGCUGCUGCCAGUUCAUCAUCAGGGAACAUUCACUGCUGUCUGCAGAUGGAGAAGGUGUUCGACUGGGAGGUGACCAUCGUUGACACUCCUGGACUCUCAGAAAAAUUAGAAAUACAGAAGGAGAUCUUAAAAUGCAUCGCCAUGUCAGCCCCAGGGCCCCACGCCUUCCUGCUGGUCAUUAAGGUGGGGCCCCAAAUCAAUGAAGAACAAGACACUGUGAGGCAGAUGGAGGAGAUCUUUGGAGAGAACGUCUGGAGCCACACCUUCGUAGUCCUCACCGACGACAACAAGUUGGAGAUGGACGUCCAAAUUUUGGAAGAAAACAAAACUGAGCUGAAGAAGAUCCUGCCCAGUCGAGUUAAAGACAGAUGCUACGUCCUCAACAACAACCAGCAGGUCUGGGAUCUGCUGGACGAGGUGGCCAAGAUGGCUGUAGAGAACAAAGUUUACUCCUGCAAGGAUAGAGUCAUCCAGGAUCUCAGACUGGUUCUUGUUGGGAGGACUGGAUCAGGGAAGAGCUCCAGUGGAAACAUCAUACUGGCAAGAGACGCCUUCAGUACUGGUGGUGCUGCUGCCAGUUCAUCAUCAGGGAAUGCUCAGUGCUGUCUGCAGAUGAAGAAGGUGUUCCACUGGAAGGUGACGGUCGUUGAGACUCCUGGAUUCUCAGAAACACCUGAAGUGAAGACUGAGAUCAGGAGAUGUGUCGACAUGUUGUCCCCGGGGCCCCACGCCUUCCUGCUGGUCAUCAAGGUGGGGCCCCAAAUGGAUGAAGAACAAGACACCGUGAGGCAGAUGGAGGAGAUCUUUGGAGAGAACGUCUGGAACCACACCUUCAUAGUCCUCACCUACGAUGACCAGUCAGAGAUGGAUGUUGAGCUUCAGUUGUACAAAACUAAAGCCAAGCUGAAAAAGAUCCUGAGAGUGGGAGACAGAUACUACGAACUCAACAUCAACUCCAGCGACUUCCUGCAGGGUUUCCUGAGCAAAGUGGAAAAGAGGGUUGCUGAAAAUAGAAGGAGGUUCUACUCUGUCCAGGACAGAGCCAGAAAAAGGAAGAUUAUAGAAGUUGAUGGCGCGAAUACAGAUUGAAGACAUGUUUUUAUGCACUGAUUUACUCCACAGAUAAAGUAUUUUUAACUGGACAUUUCAUUAUUUUUUUCUGUCUUUCCAUUCAUAAGAAAGUUGCAACAACACAGCACAAAAUAGAAAAUCAACAAACACCUGUGUGGCCCCUCAUCCUGUUUCUGAGUUUGCACAUUGAUUCCUUUCCUUGACUUACAGUAGAUCUUGUUUUCUGAUUAGACGUCAAACUACAUUUUUUUCUCAUUAUUUGUAUUCUGUGCUAUUACAAUAAAGUUCAACUUAAUCUAA